GGGCCGGCGCGCGCAGGCGCAGUUUCAGUGCCGGCUCUAGGACCGCGCGGAUGACAGCUGGGCAGCGGUGCAGGGUCUAACCCGGAGCCCCAGCCUGAGUCACCGGCCCCGCCCUCCGGAGCCGGACGCAGCGGGAGGCCCGGGAGCAGCAGACCCGACCGCGGACCGCCGGACGUGGGAGGUGGAGUGAGUCGCAGCCAUGUUCCUGGUUAACUCGUUCCUGAAGGGCGGCGGCGGCGGCGGCGGCGGUGGGGGCCUGGGCGGGGGCCUGGGGAAUGUGCUCGGAGGCCUGAUCAGCGGGGCCGGGGGCGGCGGCGGAGGCGGUGGCGGCGGCGGAGGCGGCGGUGGCGGCGGCGGAACGGCCAUGCGAAUCCUAGGUGGAGUCAUUAGCGCCAUUAGCGAGGCGGCUGCGCAGUACAACCCGGAGCCCCCGCCCCCACGCACACAUUAUUCCAACAUUGAGGCCAACGAGAGUGAGGAGGUCCGGCAGUUCCGGAGGCUCUUUGCCCAGCUGGCUGGAGAUGACAUGGAGGUCAGUGCCACAGAACUUAUGAACAUUCUGAACAAGGUUGUGACUCGACACCCCGAUCUGAAGACUGAUGGCUUUGGCAUUGACACAUGUCGCAGCAUGGUGGCAGUGAUGGAUAGCGACACCACAGGCAAGCUGGGCUUUGAGGAAUUCAAGUACCUGUGGAACAACAUCAAAAGGUGGCAGGCCAUAUACAAACGGUUUGACGUAGACCAAUCAGGGACCAUUUGCAGCAGUGAACUCCCAGGGGCCUUUGAGGCAGCAGGGUUCCACCUGAAUGAGCAUCUCUACAACAUGAUCAUCCGACGCUACUCGGAUGAGGCAGGCAACAUGGAUUUUGACAACUUCAUCAGCUGCUUGGUCAGGCUGGACGCCAUGUUCCGUGCCUUCAAAUCUCUUGACAAAGAUGGCACUGGACAAAUCCAGGUGAACAUCCAAGAGGUAAGAAACCCUGUCCUGGGGUGUGGUUGCCUGGGGGGACCCUACCUCGCAACCCUUUUUACCAGCUCUGAGCUUCAGCCGCCUCGCUCCUGUUUUCCCAGUGACCCCUGGGUGAGGGCAGAGAGGGUCUGGUAUUCCGGGCUUCCCUGCUCCUCACUCUCUCUGCCUUCCUCUCCGCAGUGGCUGCAGCUGACUAUGUAUUCCUGAACGGGAGCCCCAGACCUGUCCCUUCACCGCCUUGCUGUACGAGUUACCUUGGAGCCUCAGUUUCCCCCAUAGCUGAUCUACCUGCAGUCACAUCUUCAUGGUCCUGCUGACCCACAGGCCUUUCAUUCUCGAAGCCCUUGGCACCCAGCUUCUCAGGCAACAUCCAGGGCCCAGCAUGCCCCAACAUGCCAUGCCCUGAGUUACUCCUGGCUCUAAGACACUCUAACACGCACUGCCUAAAGGUCACCUACCCCUACCACACCCAUCUUGCACCCCGUCCAUAACCUCUCUCCUGUACCUGUGCCAAGCCCAACACGUGUUGUUCCAUGCCCCGAGGGCUCUCUCUCAGUUCUGGAAGCAUCACUCCAGUCCCUACAUACCCUGGCACACCGUUCAGUUACCACCCAGGUAACCCAACUCCAGGCCAUUCCUGGCCCACACGCCCAGUGCCUUUGUGUUCUGCUCCCAGCUGCCAGGCCCAGGAGAAAUAAAUGCACCCUGGUUGCUGCUCUCUA